AUGGUGUCGAGCGUCGACGACGCCCUCGUCCAGGCCCGAGAGGCCGCGGAGCUCUACGCCUCGAACGGUUCCGUCGCCAGCGCGGUGUUUCACGCCGAUAAGGCGCGCACGCUGAGCGAUGGCGACGCGCGAGACGUUUUCGCGCUCACCGAGCUCUUGGUGCGCGACGGCCAACACGCGCGCGCGCUGGGGGUCCUGCGGGCGUCCGGGCUGGAUUUGAAACUCGCUCGAGGGCGUCUGCUCGCGGCGCGGUGUUUACACGGCAUGCGGUCGCACGAGGAGGCGGUGCGAGCGCUGGAUGGAGGGGCGGAGGAGAACUCGGACGACGACGCGCGCGCGCGGUACCUCGCGCUCGCGGACGGGAGCCCGACAGACGCGGCAGCGAUGUGCGCGUUGCGAGGGAAGGCGCACGAAGCGAUGGAAAGUCGGUCGAAGGCGGUGCGGGCGUACGAGAUGGCGUUGAGAUUUGAUCCGAUGUGUUUCGAGGCGUUUGAGGCGCUUUUGGCGACGCACUUGGUGAACGAGCACGAGGAGCGCGAGUUGGUGGCGUCUCUGGAGACGAACAAGGCGAACACGUGGAUCAAGGACGUGUACGCUGUGAUGGGUAACUCGAGGGAGGUGCACUCAGAACUCGCGCGGGGACACGUCGAGGGUGAGGAAGACGGAGCCACGACUCCGGAGCCUUCCACAUCGGCUCUAGACGUGUUGAGAUACAACGGCGACGUCCGAGUCGCGUGUGCACGGCGGAUGUACCAGCGCGGUGAGUUCACGGCGUGCCACAGUGAGCUCAGGCGCCAGUUCGAGCGUGAGCCGUCCCGGUUGAAUGGGUUGCCGCUCUAUUUGGCGACGCUUGUGGAGCUCGGGAAGAAGAACGAUUUGUACCUUCUCUCGCACUCGCUGGUCGCCGAGUACCCGAAGAAGGCGGUUACCUGGUUCGCAAUCGGGUGUUAUUACAUGGUCACCAGACAGUUCGACUCGGCGCGGAAGUAUUUCAGCAAAGCGACGAGCAUUGAUCCUUCGUUCGUGCAGGCUUGGAUUGGGUACGGGCACGCGUUUGCGGCGCAAGACGAGAGUGAUCAAGCGAUGGCAGCGUAUAGGACCGCAACGAGGCUGUUCUCGGGCACGCACAUCCCCGUGAUGUCUCUCGGAAUGGAGUAUCAGCGCACGAAUAAUUUGAGCCUGGCCUUUCAGUUCUUCCGUAAGGCUUUCGAGAUGUGCGAUUCGGAUCCGCUCUUAUUCAACGAGUAUGGCGUCUUACGCUAUCGUCAAGGUAACUACGAGGAGGCGGUGGAGAACUUUGAGCGCGCCUUGGAUCUCGCACCGAAGCCCGUGGGUAGUCGAUGGGAGUCGCUUAUCGUGAAUUUGGCGCAGGCGUUUCGAAAGAUUGGUCGCUAUGACGAAGCCAUCGCUACAUUUCAGUCAGCGUUGCUCAUAUCCCCGCGCAACGCGUCAACGUAUGCCGCCCUCGCGUUCACUUAUCAGAUGAAGAGUCGUUGUUCAGAGCCCGUCUCACUUGGAUUGGCGAUAGAGUACUAUCACAAAGCGCUCAGUCUGCGCGCCGACGACGCGUUUUCGCAGCAUCACCUUGAGUUAGCUCUCAUCGAUCAAAGCGCGAUUACAAUUCCGCGGCAUCAACAGGUUGAGUGGGACACAAUGUUCCCGAAAGUUGAAGACAUCAAUGCGGUGACGCCGACAUUCGGUAUCGCGUCUUCUCCGCAGGGUGGAAUACUCUUCCCGACGCCGUCGCCGCACAGUUUCCAAGGCACGCCGACGUUUGGUCAGACUCCGUUUUCGGCGCGCGUCGACCGCAUGGACGAGAGCGUCGACAUGGACCAGAGCGUUGAUAUGGACGAGAGCGAAUAG